AUAAUUUAAAUAAAUUUUUUAUUAUCUAGUAAAAUUAAUGCCACACAUUCGAAAAUUCAUUGGCAAUGUCUAAUAAAGAAAAUCCAUCAGACUUCCGUAAUUUUCGAAUGCUAUAUUACGAACAACUUGGUUUGCGAAAUGUUGAUCAAAUGAAAGCAUUAGAACAUCUUUUGAAAGAAGACCCUUUAGAUGUUGAUAAAAUAAAAACGUUUACACAACAGUAUUUACUACCAUCUGUAUAUAGAGUUUAUGUUUGGAAAGUUUUACUUGGAAUAAUUCCAGUUUAUAAAGAGUCAGUAGACUUUGUUACUAAUCACAGAAACCAACAGUUUCUAGAUUUAAAGCAAGCAUUGAUUACAAUGAAAAUGGUUUCACCAUGUUCACACUCACCUAAGACUGCUGUUUUAGCCAUUUUGCUUGAACACGGCAAUUUAAGCAUACUACAUAACACUCAUGUAAAACAUUAUGCUAUGAAAGUCUAUAUAUUAGACUCAAUUAGUGAAAUUACUUUUCAAUUAACACAGAAUGAAACUGACACUUUUUGGAUUGCCAAAGAAAUAUUUCAUGCACAAGAAAUGUUUCUUUCUGUUUUUGCAAAACUUCCAUAUUAUGUAAAUUAUUAUCUUCAGGUAGAAGAUCAACGUUUAUUCCAGCACUUAUCUGAAAUACAACUUUUUAAAAUGUUGCCUUAUGACAAAUGGUUUCAAACAUAUUUUGCUUCUGUAUUUGCUGAAUCUUCUGAAUGUCUGUGCAAAAUCUGGGACAAACUUAUAGCUGGUUCUUGCCACAUUUUAGUCUUUGUUUGUGUUUCGCUGUUAUUGACUUACUCAAUUCAAUUAAAGGAACUUAAUUGUGAUGCAGCAUUAAAACAUGUAAAUAGAGUUUUACCUCAACAAUGUGGUCAAACUGUUGUUGAUAAAGCAAUUGAACUAUGGGAGCAACAUAGGAAAGAGUUAACUGCCAAACUUGCAACCCAUUCUUAAAAUUUAAAAUUUAUGAUUAUGAGAAUAAAUUAAUGUAGUAUGUAAUUAUGAACAAUAAUCUUAUUUAAGUAGUAUUAUGUAUAGCUGUUAACAUUGUAAUUUUAAGAAAUAUAAUUCUUACAUGUUAAUUAA